AUGGCGGGAAACACGUCAGCCUGCCCCCAUCGCCAACCCACCUACCAGCCGUCUCCCCCGAGGCGGGUCCCCCGCGGCCUGCCCGGACGAUGCCCCCUCAACCGCACCCUGGACCUGCCUCCCCCGGGUGCAGUAGCAGAGGGGCUCCGGGCAUCCGUGGAGCCUCUCGGCCCUCCCACGACCCAAAGACAGCAGCCUCCCUCCGCAAGCGGCUCGAACCCAGAGUGCUCCUGCCCCUUUUUCUCCAGAACCGGGGUGUGGCUCGCCCUUUAUCUUUCCCCCCCGCUUCUGUUCCCCACGGGUACAGCCGGGCGGUGCUCCCUUCCCCCCAAAUCCGGUGCCCGCGAAGACGUGUCGGGCGCGCGUCGACGUCACAGGCGCGCGGGCGCCCUCCGCCGGCGGGGCCGCGCGUUGCGCCGGGAUGCGGCGGGAGCGAAGAGCGCGCUGGAGGCGGGCUUGGGGUGGACCGGCGGACCGGCCGCUCCCCUCCCCUCCGCCACCGACCCCGACCCAAGACUGCACGGGCCCCCAGCCGACAUGGGACGCACAGGUGCCGGGAUCUUUCCAUGCUGCAGUAAGAAGGACGUGGACGUAGUGGAGAAUUGCAGGAAUGAAAUUCAAGAACCCAAGCCAGAACCAGAGCCGGAACCGGAGCCCGAAGCUUCGGAGCCCGAAGACGUGGUUGAGCUCCUCGAUGAAGUCCCCGAGCUGGAGCCGGAAUCAGAACCGGAACCGGAGCCGGAGCCGGAGUCCGAACCCGAGCCGGAGCCGGAGCCCGAACCGGAGUCCGAACCAGAACCGGAACCCGAGCCGGAACCAGAACCGGAGCCUUUGGCGGGAGAAGAGCCCCCGAGAACAGUCGACGCCCAGGUGCAGACGUCGGAUUUGGCGUUCAAGCCAGCCCCCCGGAAGGUGCCCCCGGCCCCCAAGACGGAUAUCGAGAUCCAGACCUCCCUGGAGUCGCUGGAGUCGUCCCCUCCCGAGCCGCCGCUCCUGCCGGCCGGGGUCCGCACGGCCUACGCACAGACCUCCAAGCACCUGUUCUACGUCGACAGGCUCAUCCAGGCCUCGGAGAACAGCAUCCAACAGGCGGCGGGGCCCGAUUCCCGGCUGCUGCCUCCCGCCCCCGACGCCAAAGCCUCCUCCUCUUCUUCCUCCUCCUCCUCCUCCUCUCUCCCCAGGCUCCCCACGGAGGCCCGGCCCACGUCCCAGACCUUGUUCGAGUCAGACCUGCUUAGGGGGGACUCUCCGGGCCGUGCUCUCGGGAAGGAGCCUCCUGCCUCUGACAUCUCGCUCGGCAAACCACAACCCCGGGCGGCCUCCUCGAAGAGCUCCUCUUCUGCCUCCGUCCCGGGACCCCGCGACGCGGAAGAGGAGGCUCCGGGGCCCGCCCCGGCCGCGAUAACUCCAGCCAAGCUCUCUGCUUCGGAGGAGUCUCAAAGAUCCGCUCCCGGGGCCUCGCCGUCCAGGACCCCUUCAGCCAGACUGUCUGCCUCGAAGGAAUCUCAAGGAUUCACCCCCGGGACUCCUCCAGCCGAGCCCUCUGCCUCCAAGGAGUCUCAAAAGUCUGUUUCCAGGCCCCCCUCAGCCAGACCAUCUGCCUCCAAGGAGUCGCAAAAGUCUGUUUCCAGGCCCCCCUCAGCCAGGCCAUCCGCCUCCAAGGAGUCUCAAAAAUCUGCCUCCAGGCCCCUCUCAGCCAGGCCUUCAGUCUCAAAGGAGCCUCAAAAAUCUGCUUCCAGGACCCCUUCAGCCAGACCUUCUGUCUCAAAGGAGUCUCAAGGAUUCGCUCCUGGGACCCCUCCAGCUGAGCCCUCUGCCUCCAAGGAGUCUCAAAAGUCUGUUUCCAGGCCCCCCUCAGCCAGGCCUUCUGUCUCGAAGGAGUCUCAAAGAUUGGCUCCCGGGACCCCUCCCGUUGAGCCGUCUGCCUCCAAGGAGUCUCAAAAAUCUGCCUCCAGGCCCCUCUCAGCCAGGCCUUCCGUCUCAAAGGAGCCUCCAAAAUCGGCUUCCAGGACCCCUUCAGCCAGACCUUCCGUCUCGAAGGAGUCUCAAGGAUUCGCUCCUGGGACCCUUCCGGCUGAGCCCUCUGCCUCCAGGGAGUCUCAAAAACCUGUUUCCAGGCCCCCUUCGGCCCGACCUUCUUCCUCGAAGGAGUCUCAAGGUUUCGCUUCCAAGACCUCUCCACCCAGGACGUCGCCAGUCAGACCUUCUGCCCCCAAGGAGGCACCAGGACUCACCUCCAGGCCCCCCGUAGCCGGGAGCCCCCCGACCCGUCCAUCCGCGGGCCCCGGAGAGAAGCCCGGGGCACCCUUCCCUUUAGAGCUGCAGGGGCUGCUGUCGGGACUGGCCACGGUGGAAAAGCUACAAGAGAAGAGGACCCCUCGCCCCCGACCAACAGCUCAGGCAGCAGAGCAAGAAAUCCGGAAAGACGGGACGGCAGGAGCAAGGAGAGGGUCCCCGAUAUUGCUGCAUAUACAUUUAAAGAUGUCGUGUCGCAGCCCCCCAAAAGCCCCCCACAAAGCCUAGACAAAGCUCGGCCUCCACCAAUAAAGCCUCCAGUGCUAAAGGGCGGGCUUCUGCCGUGUGUUUCUGGCCACUUGCCGUGGCGCUCUGGCUGUCCUGACCUCUGACCUUUGCUCCCUCUAACCCUCUUCGUGUUGGGCAGCCCAGUCGGGACUCUGUCCAGGCCCCUGCUUCUCCCUUUUUUCUUUUUA